AUGUUGGACGUAGAAGACGACGGCUUUCACGUCACACGUGAAGGCUACUCCCACCUGAGUGACUUAAAAUGGGAGGUAGUCGGCCGCAUGAGUGUGCUCAUGAACGAGCCUGCCAUCAAUGGCAUGUUGGAGUCUCUAAACAGAGACCGGCAACAUGCUGCCAUCAACAAGUUCCUGCAAUGGGAACUUGUCGUCAAACGACAGAAGAUAGCCUUGCUACAACAGCAAGACUCUCAUCAGUCGAUGGGAUGGCCGACGCACAUGCGUCGACCCGGAACCUUGAAGAUAGAUAUCUCAAGGUACAAGGGAACCGAUGAAGAUUCCCUUUUGAGAUGGUCCGUCGAGUUAGACGACACCAUCAGGGCCCGUCACAUCGAAGGUGACGAGAUGCAAGUCACCUUUGCCCUGUCACAUUUGACAGGACGAGCAAAGACUAAAGCCUUAGGGCUCAAGCUUCACGACCCAAACGUGUUUGAGUCGUUAGAGAUCUUGAAGUCUCGGCUUAAAGAGACGUUUGAGCCGCAACGUGCCUCGUGUUAUAAUGCAGAUCCCUAG